UCAGCACGCAUCACGUAUAUGUACGUGAUGGUACAUGUAACUGGCCCACGGAUCACGUAUAUAUACGUGAUGCGUACAGUGAAAAUGAACGUACUCUCGAGACAUCCGUGGUCGACGGAUCUUAUCCCUACGUGGACCAGUGACGUGCUGGAUGAACGUCGACAGUUCUACGAUAGUACUGACGGGCGCACGCGCAUGUGCGGCUAUGUACGCCUACAUAGAUGUCGCGUGCGAAAUUAUUUGAACAAUAGAAAUUUUGACAAUUUGCUGUCAUGGCGCGGCGUCGAUAUGGUGCAGACGAUCUCGAUCAUGUCCUCGACCUUGUCGUACUCGACCCUGACAGUGAUGUCGAGCCGACAUUGUCUGAAGACGACAUCGUUCUGUCGGAGGAAGAUGGAGAUCUGCCUGAAAAUCGCGCAGCGUCGCCAGGCGAUAGUGAAAAUGAAUUGGACGACGACGAUGUCGUAGGAGACGCCGCGGAUGACGAUGUAGGUAGCGCCAGCAGCGACAGUGACGGUGAGAACGAGGGGAUAUCUGCUAAAACGCACGUGGAAGCAGUCGAAGCACUGGCUGAGGGCGACGAUGGAAGUGAAGGUAUCUGGGUGAAACAGAAUGUGGAACCUAAUGUGCCGCCAUUUACUGGCCAGCCAGGGAUCAAGAUGCCUCUCCCGGACGAUCCAACUCCACUGGACUAUGUCAAGCUGUUCUUCACUGCACAAUUCUGGGUGAUGCUAGUGACGGAGACAAACCGGUUUGCAAGAGCAUACAUCGACGCUAACGCUGAAACACUGGCCCGGCGCAGCCUCGCCCGCUCGUGGACACCCGUUACCGUAGCCGAAAUGAAAGUGUUCCUGGGCUUGUUCUUGAACAUGGGCCUUGUUCCUAAGCCCGAGCUUGACCACUAUUGGAGCACAGAUCCCAUCAUCGCCACACCGUUCUACAGCCGCACGAUGCCGCGCGAGCGCUUCACCUCUAUCAUGAACUUUCUGCACUUCAUGGACAACGCUGAAGAAGAUCCAAACGAUAAGCUCUCCAAGAUACGGCCUCUUCUGACGUUGCUUCAGGAGCGAUUCAUGAGCGUUUACACUCCCAACGAGUACAUUUCAAUUGACGAGGAACUGGUGGCGUUCAAGGGAAGGAUAUCAUUCCGCCAGUAUAUUCCGUCGAAGCGAGCACGCUUCGGGAUGAAAAUCUAUGCGCUCUGCGAAGACAGCGGUUACCUCUUCAAUCUGAUUGUCUACGUCGGGAAGGACAACGAAACCUUCUGCCCUGAGAAGGUCAAGGAGCUCGGCGUGUCCGGUGCGGUAGUGCACAAGCUCGUUGAGCCGCUUCUCGGGAAGGGGUAUAAGCUGUACGUGGACAACUGGUACACGAGUAUCCCGAUAGCCACCUACCUCAAGGGCAACGCAACGGGAGUGUGUGGUACCAUUCGCAAGAACCGGAUCGGACUACCGAAGCGUAUAGCAAAUUUCAAGGGGCUAAAGAAAGGCCACUUUCUGUACCGGAGCGGUGGUGGCAUGAUGUUUAUAAAGUUGCAGGACACGAAGGAGGUGCAUUUUCUGUCCACGAUGCACAAGGCAAACGUAGAGCCAACUGGCAAGCGAGAUCGGCAGCGCCGCCCAGUCCGCAAGCUUCGUCUUGUACAGGACUACAACAAGAAGAUGGGUGGAGUUGACAAAAAUGAUGAGAUGCUGUCGUUCUACACCGCUGCACGCAAGUCCCGGAAGUGGUACAAGAAGCUCGCCGUGCAUCUGAUUGAGCAAGCACUCCUGAACGCGUAUAUCCUGCACAGGAAGUCAAACCGCAUGACGCACUUCGACUUUGUGAAGCACGCCCUGAAAGCCCUCAUCGCCGAAGGCAAGGCGGAGAUGGUAGCUCACGCGGAAGCAGCUGCUGCAGCAACCGGUGGAGCCACAGGCACGAAGCGCAUGGACAGCCACUUCCUCCGCUACAUCCCGGCAACCGAGAAAAAGGCUAAUCCGCAGAAACAGUGUGUUGUCUGCUACGGCAAGGGUAACCGGAAGGAUGUCCGCACCAUGUGCGCUGAUUGCCUCGGGAAUCCUGGGUACUGCAUUCCGUGUUUCGAGGAGUCUCACCGAGGGAAAUAG